UGGGAGCUCCCUCGCUUCCUGCUCUGGAGCGCUGGGCUUCCGGUGGGGCCCGCCUCCUUCCGCUCGGUCCAAUCCGGCGAGCCUGCAAGUGGCAUGGCUUCCCCGAGCCUGACGGCUGGGAGGAAAACUAAUGCUGAGCUAUAGUUGCGACCUGCACCUGCUGCUAGUGCCAGCCCCCAGGCCUCCCAGGUCCGAGAGCCCGUUUUCCCGUCGGCCUUCGGGACUCGGCCUCCGAGGAGAAUGGAUCCUUCUCUGGACGUUUGGACCCUCGCCUCGCCUUUAGUAUCAUUAUGGAUGUACAGGUUUUACAUUUACUUGGGCUUUGCUCUUGGUAUUAGCCUUUGGAUUUGUUUCCAAGUUCUCACCAAGAAGCAGUUGUUUAUUUUCAAGGCCAAGAACUCCCAGGAGAAGUCUGUUCCGAAAGCAACUCAGGGUCUGAUGACAAAUGGCUAUAUCGCUCUUCAAAAGAAGCAAACCUUUGUAUCUGGAGUGAAGAUUUUUUAUGGUUCCCAGACUGGCACAGCAAAAGGAUUUGCAGCCAUUCUUGCCAAAGCAGUUGCCUCCCUAGAUCUGCCUGUGGAAGUUAUUAAUCUGAAAGAAUAUGAUCCAGAUGACCAUCUGAUGGAAGAGAUUGCCAGUAAAAACAUCUGUGCCUUCCUGCUCGCCACGUACACUGACGGGCGGCCGCCUGAGAGUGCAGAGUGGUUCUGCAGAUGGCUGGAGGACGCGGCCAGUGAUUUUCGAUUUGGCAAAACCUACCUGAAGGGUAUGAGAUAUGCGGUGUUUGGCCUGGGAAACUCUGCCUAUCCGAGCCACUUUAACAAGGUUGGCAAAAGUGUAGACAAGUGGUUGUGGAUGCUCGGGGCGCGUCGUGUGCUGGCCCGAGGGGAGGGUGACUGUGACGUGGUCAGAAGCAGGCAUGGCAGCAUCGAAGCCGACUUCACAGCCUGGAAGGCCACGUUCAUCUCCCGGCUGCAGGUGCUUCAGAGAGGAGAGGACAAAGCCUGUGGUGGCCGCUGCAAGAAAGGCAAGUGCGACUCCACGCCUCAUGGCUCAGAGGAGCCGGGGCCGGGGCCGCACUCCGGAGGUGGAUCACAUCCCGGAGACGCUGAGGAGCAAGAGCCCUGCGAGAGCUCCAGUGAGGAAGACCUGGAGCCUGGUGGCCAUCCGGGACUAAACUCCAUUGUUGAUGUCGAAGAUCUUGGCAAAAUUAUGAGUCACACGAAGAAAGAAAAGGGAGAAAAGGACCACCAGGAAGAAAAGACUUCUUUGUUCAGGAACACGAGGAAGGGUGACGACAGCGAGGGCAGAGCUAUGAUAACGCCUGCUCUCCGAGAGGCCCUCACUAAGCAAGGUUAUCAGUUGAUCGGGAGCCACUCUGGGGUGAAGCUUUGCAGGUGGACAAAGUCCAUGCUUCGGGGGAGAGGAGGUUGCUAUAAGCACACUUUCUACGGCAUCGAAAGCCAUCGCUGCAUGGAGACCACCCCGAGCCUGGCCUGUGCAAACAAGUGUGUCUUCUGUUGGCGGCACCAUACCAAUCCAGUGGGCACAGAGUGGCGCUGGAAGAUGGACCAGCCUGAGAUGAUCUUGAAGGAAGCUGUGGAGAACCAUCAGAACAUGAUUAAACAGUUUAAAGGGGUACCAGGUGUCAAAGCAGCGCGCUUUGAGGAAGGACUGCAGGUGAAGCACUGCGCCUUGUCCCUUGUGGGAGAGCCUAUAAUGUACCCAGAAAUCAACAGGUUCCUGCAGCUUCUCCACUGCUGUAAAAUCUCCAGCUUCCUUGUCACCAACGCUCAGUUCCCUGUGGAAAUCAGAAAUCUGAGGCCAGUUACUCAGCUGUAUGUCAGUGUGGAUGCCAGCACCAAAGACAGUCUGAAGAGAAUCGACCGCCCGCUCUUCAAGGACUUCUGGCAAAGAUUUCUGGACAGCUUAAAGGCCUUAGCAGCAAAGAGGCAGCGCACUGUCUACAGACUGACGCUCGUGAAGUCCUGGAACGUGGACGAGCUUCAGGCCUACGCCGAGCUGGUGUCCCUGGGGAGUCCCGACUUCAUCGAAGUCAAGGGUGUCACCUACUGUGGGGAAAGCUCCGCAAGCAGCCUCACCAUGGCCAAUGUGCCCUGGCAUGAGGAGGUCGUCCGCUUCGUCCGUGAGCUGGUGGGUCUGAUCCCUGACUACGAAAUUGCAUGUGAGCACGAACAUUCCAACUGCCUCCUGAUAGCGCACAAAAAGUUCAAGAUUGAUGGAGAGUGGUGGACGUGGAUUGAUUACAACCGUUUCCAGGAGCUCGUCCAGGAAUAUGAAGAUAGCGGCGGAUCCAGAACUUUCUGUGCAGAGGAUUACAUGGCUCGAACUCCUCCCUGGGCCCUGUUUGGUGCCAGGGAAAAAGGCUUUGAUCCCAAGGACACGAGACAUCAGAGGAAGAGUAGAUCAAAAGCCAUCGCUGCGAGUUGAGCUUCCUGUCAUCAUGCUGAAGGACAGGAGGAUGGAUCCAGAAGGUCACUGGACUCCCCUGACUUCCGAGUCAGAUCCUGCCAUGUAGAUGUCACACAGCUGAGACGGUGGCCACACUGGAGAGCCAGCCCCACGUGCUGAGUGCCCAGACGUGGCUCCAGCGUUUCUUGCCAGCAUUCAGGCCUCCUGAUUUGGUUUCUGGCAGGAGCACAUUUUGUGCGGGGAGAAGACAGGCAUUAUUGGAACAUAGUACUUUGGAGUUAUAUUUGAGUGCGAUUUCCAUAGGAAUAAACAGCUCUGCCUCUUCCUCCUUCCGGGCUCGUGGGUUUCUGUGAAGCAGUCCCUUAGCAUCGAGGUGUGCCACCCUGAGCUGGCGCAUCUGAAUACCAUCCCUUCCUGCUGCCCUGUGGAACACCUAGAAGCAUUUUAAGUUGUCGCCGCUUUCAUAUGUUCCUAAAUUCUGCACCAGUUGCUUUCAGAUGUGCCUUACAUCCACCAUGUGCGGCAUUGGUCUGGAGCUCAUCUUGCGCUGGACUCCCCUGUUCUCAUACAGACAGACCGCCUGGGGACGGUCAGUAGAAGCCCCGUCUCAGAGGGAUCGCCUUGCACUGGCCGUGCAAUGAGGUGUCUGCGCUAACUUCAGCGCCUGCUGCGCCGCCCUCGCCACGCGGCAGGCCGCUAUCUCCCUUCACUCCUUUGGCCUGCUCCCCACAACCCGUUCCUUAAGUUUCAGAUCGCUCUAGUUAAAAACCCCACACUUAGUAUUUUUAUUCUAGUUGUCAAAGUUCUUUUAAAAUUCUUCU